UCCGCGGCUCGGUUUGUUUUCCGGGUGAUGCUGCUCUUCUCUUCAAAGCAGAGGAAAGUCAGGGGCUCAUGUGUCAACAUCCAGGGUUUCCCCGGGGAGGCGCAGCGUUAACGAUAUCCCAAAAAAGCCCCGUGCUCCUUUGAAGAGGCUUUUUAAACCCUCGCCUCGCGCGUCCAUCCUCGGAGGCGGCUGUUUUUCGGACCGCACGCGCCACAACACGAUCUCGAGCUCCCGCAGCUUUGACGUUAGCUAACGUUAUUUUAAAGGAUGACAGAGUACAAAGUGCGAACAGCGUCUCCGAUCAUUUAAUAAUAUCUGGGGACCUGUUAGCUUAGCCUGCUAGCGCGGCAGCUCGAGCAGACCGAGGGAACACGGCGGAGCACACUGCUGACAUGAUGUUUCCUCAAUCCAGGCACUCGGCAUCCUCUCAAUCCAGUCAGCCUCUCAAGUUCACCACUUCUGAUUCCUGUGAUCGCAUCAAGGAUGAGUUCCAGUUCCUCCAAGCACAGUACCACAGUUUGAAGCUGGAGUGCGAUAAACUGGCUUCUGAAAAGUCAGAGAUGCAGCGUCACUAUAUCAUGUAUUACGAAAUGUCCUAUGGUUUGAACAUAGAAAUGCACAAACAGGCUGAAAUAGUGAAGAGACUUAAUGGGAUCUGUGCUCAGGUGCUGCCUUACCUGUCACAGGAGCAUCAACAGCAAGUCAUGGGCGCCAUCGAGAGAGCCAAGCAGGUCACACCUCCUGAGAUGAACUCCAUCAUACGGCAACAGCUCCAGGUGCAACACCUGUCCCAGCUGCAGGGCCUGGCCCUGCCCGUGACCCCGCUCCCCCUCGGCCUCACCCCUCCCACACUGCCCGCCGUGUCCUCCAGCUCCGGCCUGCUCUCCCUCUCCUCCAUCCUGGCCAACUACUCCCACGGCCAGCCCAGGUGGUGAAGGAGGACAAGGCCAGGGACGCCGCCGAGAGGGCGCCGAGGGCGGAGGACGGGGACAAGUCCGACUAGUGCCGGCGAGGCGUGGAGGUCAGAGGGUGGGGGUGGGACGGGGUGGGCUGGGUGGGGGCUAUGGAGUCGUUAGUGUCAAGAAACAGAAAGCUUAAACUGUAACUGUAGAUGGAGAUUGAUGUAAGUCUGGCUGCCUGUCUGCUGUGUGUCGGUGUCGGAGAGUAACUGCAGGGAUGAUGAUGAAGAGGAAAGAGCUGAAACUUUGGGAUGUUCAGAAGAUGAAACGUCCUGAACGGCUGAGCGUUAUUUGUUCUUAUUAUUUAGUGGUAAUAGACUCGGUUCAGGCUUCUAGACUUAAAUAGAUGCUUUUUGUUUGGUUUGGUUUUUGUGUGAGCCGUUCUGAGGCUUAACCAAGAUAAAUGAUUUCCGCUGAGGACAAACCCUAACAGCCUUCUCCCGGAUCUGCCUGUAUUUUUUUUUCUUUUUUUUUUUUUUUUUUUUUUUUUUUCAGCAGGCCUGUCUGCUGCGUCUGUAUCCAUGUCCUCUCCAAACCCCUUGAUUGUUUCUGCUGCUGUCUGCGAGCCACAAUAAGCCGUUUUAUCAACAUCUCCUGUAAAUUUUCUGCUCAAGUAAUCACGUGCGAAACCACCGCCGCCUUUUUCUUUUUCUCUCUCUUUUUUUUUUUUUAAUUGAAAAAUUGUAGACUGAAGCUGUUAGGUUAGCAACACCAUUGAACAAUGCUCUCGAGCCAAACUUAAAGCUUGAUCUGAUGUUAAGUGUGAUGUUUUUAAAGGGAAGUUUCACUUAACGGGUGCGUUCAAGGCUUUCAAACAUCAACCACCUUAUCUAUCACUGUUUUUCGUGUUUUUUUUUUUUGUUUUUUUUUUUUUGUAAGACCAACCAAUGGAUGCGUUACCCAAGCUGCGUACCUCAGUCCCACAAACAUGGGAGUUUAUUCCAUUAAAAAAAAAAAAAAAAUCUAGUAUGUACAGACGCUAAGAUGCCCAGUUUAGAGGUCGUUAGUGUUUCGUAGGCCUAGCUCCUGCUGCUGUGCGCGCUGCAUGGGACGGACCAUGACAAGAAGUAAAGCUCUGAAAAAAAAAAAAAGAAAAAAAAAAGUAUUUUAUUUUUGACAUGUUGUUUUUGUGAAGUGAAACAGGCUAUAAUUAGACUUUUAAAAAGGUGUCUGUGUGUUUGAGUGAAUGUGACUGGAAAGAAGAAAAUACUUGUUUUAAUUUAACUUUUGUUUUUUUCCUUAAAGCACCUUUUUUGAAUCCUCCUCAUCCACCAGCUCCUGUUCCCCCCACCCCCCCCACCCCCCCACCGGGCCCGCUCUUUAGCAUGACUUGAACAGGAUCUCAUUUUCAGAACCGGAGGGGGUCGUGACAGGUUCGCAGAGAUCUCCAGUUCAUUAUGAGACAGUUUCGGGCGCCCGCCAUUUCCUGUCCUGUUAGAUUUGUGUGACUUACAACGGAGAAAAUGGACCCUGCUCAGUUUUUUUUUUUCUUCUUUUCUUUUUUUUUUUUUUUUUUUUUUUUUUUUUUUUUUUUGUUCGUUUUGUUUUCCCCUCUCCUCACUGGUUCAGUGUGGUUGAAUGGAUUUGCUGAAGCUCUGAAAGCAUCAGGAAAACUUCACAAAGCAGCAUCUUUUUGAAAAAAGUUAUAAUUAAUCCUAAAGUCUUAUCAACUAAAUGGAUUUUGAGGUGGACACUUAUUAAAUUCAUGUAUUUUGAUUCAAAAAAGAUAGUUCAGACGCUCAGUUGGUUGUUCUAAAUCAUUAGCAGUAACUUGUAAAACAAUUUCUCCAUUACAACCUCGCCCUCUGGAAGACAGGAUUCAGUUUCUUUGGCCCAAUAGUGUUAAAAAAAAUAGUUUGGACCACAAAAACCUGUAAAAGCCCACAUUUUUAAAAACAUAAAAAGUGUAUUCGGUUCCUCCUUUUUACAGUCGCUCCUUGCCAGAUGAUUUUCCUUCUGCAAUACGGAUUCACAUCUGGGACGGCGAUUACAGCCCUGAUUGAGCAUUGUCUAAUUUUUGACACAUUUGAGCGUCACAAUAGCUGCACGUGUCACUGAAUAAAAUCACGGAGAAGCUACGAUUGCGAUGCAUAUUGAUCAUCUGCCUUAACUGUCAACAUGAAAGAAAAAAAAGAAACCUAUUGAUCAGAAUAGAGAAGGUACAUAUCAAAUCAGCGAUGUAUGCCUGGAUUUGAAAGUCAGUGUUUGAUUUAACAGCAUUUGCAUGAGUUGAUUUUUUCCUCUGGUGCACAGUUAAUGUGGGAUCACAGCACAGCUGAGGUUCAGCCAGCAGAGGGCAGCAGUGCGUUUUUCCUCAUCAGUAGCACAAAGUUAAUGUGGACAUACACGAAGCAUUUGACCCUUUACAGCACGUGAGCCCAUGUUUGAAACUAAAUACUUGCUGUAGUUUUCAGUCUACGGUGCAGAUGUUCAGUCAGCUCUAACAAAUCCUCCCAAUAAUUAGCAAAACUAUUUUCCCCUAUUUUGUAACAUUUCCUUCAGUUUCCAGUUGAUCUUGGUUUUUAACUGACCUGUGCUUCCAGAGCUUUGACAACCCACCUUUUCAAGCACAUUACAAACCGGAGCUUAAAAAUGAAAAUUAAACAAAAAAAAAAUCCCUCCCUCUUCAGUUUAACUUGAAAAGCACUUAAGUUGUGGUUCAGUGCUCUUUUUGUUUUUCUUCUUCUUGUCUGUGCUGGUGCUGGGGAGCUGACGGGUUCUCCUCCCCGGAGACCUGACUCUCUGAUCUGGAGCGCGAGGGGCGAUCGGUUCGCUCCCUCCGUACUGACGUCAGCCUCCUCCGGCAGAGCUCAGACCCGUGAAUGGUAUGUGUGUUUGUUUUGCUGUGAAGGGCCAAUUUGUAUACAUAUGAAUAUAUCAAUAUACAUAUUUUUUAAAGCAUUUUUGUAUGUUUCAAAGCUGCUUUUUAACGUGUGUGUAUCAUGGAAGACUUUGGUGUUGUAUGUGUGCAUUACCAGCCUACAGUACGAGAGGCACAAUGUUGUAUACCAUGUCGUUUUUCCUGUUUUUUCUCUCCCCCUCAUUCAUUCUCUCAGUAGGCUGAAACACUUAACUUUGUUUUCUAGGUUUGUAAAUGUUUUCUUCUUCUUCUUUUUUUUUUUUUUUUGUGCAAACAGAAAAAAAAAACAGUUAAACAUGUUUAUGAACAGUCUCAUUUUAAAUUACCUGGGGCAAAAAUAAAACAACAAA